UUUCGGAGGAACAGGACCAUAAAGUAACGCGGGAAUUCGAUUUUCGAAAAAGUCGCAUUGUAACAACUCCUUAUCUAAGCUAUUUAAUUAUAUCGCACGAUUACCAGAUAGCUUUAUGGUUUCUUGGAUUUGCUGGAAUCACAGACUUGGUAGAUGGUUGGAUAGCUCGAACAUGGAGUUCUCAGGCCUCAAAGUUGGGGAGUUUUUUAGACCCGGUAGCAGACAAAUUAUUAGUAGGAACAAUGUUUCUAUCACUGACCUGGGUCGACUUGAUACCAAUACCCUUAACAUGUCUUGUAAUACUUCGAGAUAUCGCCCUGAUAUCAGCUGCAUCGUACAUCAGAUAUCGAUCAUUACCUGAGCCUAAAACAUUGAUAAGAUACUUCGAUCCGACGCAUGCAACAGUUCAACUAGCCCCAACAUUAGCCAGCAAAUUUAACACGGCCGUUCAAUUGACCCUCGUUGCUGGUACUCUUGCUGCUCCGGUAUUUCACUAUAUUGAUCAUCCAGCACUUCAUGGAUUGUAUUAUCUCACAGCAUUAACCACCGUUGCUGGAGGUUUAAGUUAUUUAGUAUCGAAAAAUACGUACAAAUUAUUAUCAAAAAAAAAAGUAACUCAGCGAACGUCAUCCUCCUGAGACAAGAUUGUUAAUCCCUGUACAUUCUAAUGAUAUUCUUGUACAUUCGUUAUAGAGAAAUAAACUAAUAUGGUUUUUAA